UUCGCUCACCCCACCCCACCCCGCACCUCCUCCACCCCCUUUCCCUCCUCCUGGCGAGCCGGAGCGAUAGGAGCUCCAUUGCUCUAGUCUAAGCGUCGGCGGAGGGGGGGGGGAGGGCGAGGGCGAUGAAUAUUGAUGAGGCUGCCCCGGCUCUAUUGUGCAAUUGGAGCGGCGAGGUGAAGGCGCAGGCAGAAUGGAGGUGGGGAGCUGCGCGGCGCUCGUAGGGCUGGCGCUUCAGCCGCAGCAGUAGCCAGCCGCCGCCGCCGCCGCCUGCACUGGGGGCUUUGUUUCAGUCCGCCCGGGCCGUCGCCAUCCACCUCGCCUUCCUCCUCUCCCGUGCCUCGCAGCCAAGGCGGCCGGCCAUCAUGGUACCGGGACAGAAGCAGCUGUAAGGGAGAAGCGGAGCCCCCCCCCCCUCCCCAGUCUCCCGAGGAAAGAAGACGACCGAGAGCGAGAGCGGCUCGCCCGCCCCGAGCUCCGCCACGCAGAGAGGCCCCCGCUCCGUGAGGACUGAGUCAGAAGUCAGAGAAGCAGGAUGCAGGAUUCUCAGAAGACUUGGAGAAUGACCUGGCUUGAUUUCCAUGUCUCUUCUUAACAGCAGCUCUUAUGAAAUUGAGCAAUCUAUCUGCUGCUGUGACAUCUGAGAGGCAGCGACCGGUCUCCCUGUGUGGCCUUGGAUCCUGCACCCAGCCCCUUCACCUCCCUGUAGCCAAUGACCCCCAUGAACCCAAUGAAACCAUCGCUCCCUCCCACCCCGCAUGGUGAUGGUUCAUAUGCCUACGAGUCAGUUCCUUGGCAACAGAAUACCAAUCAGCCUGCAGGAUCUCUCUCAGUGGUAACCACUGUUUGGGGCGUCAGCAACACAUCCCAAAGCCAGGUUUUUGGAAACCCCAUGGGUCCUGGAGGAAACACUGCUGGUAAUCCCAUGAUGCCCAGCGUGGCCAGCAGUGGCUCUGGCAUGAACUCACCACAAUUUAUGGGACAGCAACCUUUCCCUGAGGGUUCCACAGGCAAAGGUUACGUGCAACCUGGGAUGUACAGUCGCAGUUCAUACCCUGGAGGGCCAGGCUUCACCACAAGUUAUGCAGGGAGUCCAAACGGCCCAGGGGGAAUGGGCAUGCCUUCUCAUACUGGGAGACCCCCGGCAGACUUCACCCAAGCAGCCGCUGCAGCCGCUGUAGCAGCUGCAGCUGCCACAGCCACGGCCACGGCCACAGCCACAGUUGCUGCCUUGCAAGAAAAGCAGAGCCAGGAGCUGAGUCAGUAUGGAGCGAUGGGUGCCGGGCAGCCUUUCAACAAUCAAUUCCUCCCUCAUUCGGGGCCUCGAGGACCAACUGUACCUUCCGGGAUGAAUCCAGCCAACAUGUUGAAUGCCUCCGGGAUGUCACCCAUGAACAUGAACACAGCAAGGACUCCUACAAUGAGCGCCCUGUACGCUGGCCAGAGGAUGCCACAGCAUGGCUACCCUACUCCACCACAAGGCCAGCAGAUACCCCGGCAAAGUGUCAAGAGAACUUAUUCCAGCGAGGGUUAUCCAGGACAACAAUAUAUACAAAGUGGCCAGUAUCCCACUCAAGCCGGACAGUAUGCCACGAAUGUGCCUCAACCAUCUGCUCCAUCCCCCUCCUAUCCUGGUCACCGGUUGCCACUGCAACAAGGAGUGAGCCAUUAUCUCUCUGCCUCCAGUACUAGCGGCCCAUACUAUAAGCCUACUGAUCAGUUCAAUGGUCAAAAUGCCAGUUUUAAUGGUGGCAACUUCAAUACCUACGGACAAGCUACUAUGAAUGGGCCAGGAAGAUCUAUGCCUGGCUAUCCAAGCUCUCCUUUACCUGGUAACCCCACACCUCCGAUGACCCCUGGAAGUAAUAUCCCUCCCUACAUGUCCCCAGGACAGGAUGUGAAGUCACCAUUCCUUCCAGACAUCAAACCCAAUAUCAAUUCUUUGCAUCCUUCUCCAUCUCCCAACAUUGGUUCUUUGCAUCCUUCUCCAUCUGGAAACCCUUGUGAGGAGUUGCGUUUGACCUUCCCUGUACGGGAUGGUGUAGUAUUGGAGCCUUUCCGCCUCCAGCACAACUUGGCGGUCAGCAACCAUGUCUUCCAGCUCAGGGACUCUGUUUAUAAGACUCUGAUGCUCAGGCCUGACUUAGAGCUGCAGUUUAAAUGCUACCAUCACGAGGACCGACAAAUGAACACCAACUGGCCAGCCUCAGUCCAGGUCAGCGUGAAUGCCACCCCUCUGACCAUCGAGCGGGGAGACAACAAGACUUCACACAAACCCCUCUACCUAAAGCAGGUCUGCCAGCCCGGCAGGAACACCAUCCAGAUCACAGUCACAGCUUGCUGCUGUUCCCAUCUUUUUGUCCUGCAAUUGGUGCACAGGCCUUCAGUUCGGUCCGUUUUGCAAGGUUUAAUCAAGAAGCGGCUGCUGCCGGCUGAGCACUGCAUCACCAAAAUCAAACGGAACUUCAGCAGUGGCACAAUCCCUGGGACUCCGGGUCCAAAUGGCGAAGAUGGUGUGGAGCAGACGGCCAUUAAGGUGUCUCUGAAGUGCCCCAUUACUUUUCGGAGAAUCCAGCUUCCAGCCAGGGGUCAUGACUGCAGGCACAUACAGUGCUUCGACUUGGAAUCCUAUUUGCAGCUAAAUUGUGAAAGGGGGACGUGGCGAUGUCCUGUUUGCAAUAAAACAGCCUUGUUGGAAGGGCUUGAAGUGGACCAGUACAUGUUGGGAAUCCUGAUUUACAUUCAAAACUCCGAAUAUGAAGAGAUCACCAUCGACCCGACAUGCAGCUGGAAGCCGGUCCCAAUCAAACCUGACAUCCACAUCAAGGAGGAGCAGGAUGGGCCCGUGCUGAAGCGUUGCCGCACCAUGAGUCCCACCCACAUGGUGAUGCCCAGUGUCAUGGAGAUGAUUGCAGCCCUGGGACCGGGUCCCUCGCCAUUUGGAUCUUUGCAGUCCUCUUCCGGUGGCGGUGGCACCAACGACUAUAGCAGCCAAAAUUCAACCUUUUCUGGAACUUACCCAGAUUCAUUCCCCACUGUGAACCCCGGCACCCCGACGUUAAAUGAAUUCAACCCUGGGCCUCCUCCCAUCUCCUACCAAUCUGACAUUCCGGGCAGCCUGCUGACCCCCGAAAAGCCAACUGUUCCUUCCAUUCCUGGACAGAUGGCUCCAUCAAGCAGGAUGGAUCCUUCUUCACACAAUCCCGUGCAACAGGGCCUAAACAACCCCAGCCUCAGCAAUCAGCCGGGCCAGCAGCCACCAUCACAGCAGCAGCAGCAGCAGCAGCAGCAGCAGCAGCAGCAGCUCCACCAUCGGAAUCCCCCUCUUCCUCCCCCACCAUCACACCAGACACCGGGACAGUCAGGCACCGGAGGCCCAGCACAUGGAAGGGAGCUCCCUUUCAAUCCUGGUCCUGGGAUGGGAGCGCCACCUGGAUCCGUGGAUGGGCCUGAACCUUCCCUUGACCUUCUUCCUGAGCUGACAAAUCCAGAUGAGCUGCUGUCCUACCUGGGUCCCCCCGACCUUCCCAAUAAUAGCAACGAUGAUCUGCUCUCUUUGUUUGAGAACAAUUGAAGCCACUCCAGAUGGAACCCAGGCAUCAUGCUCCACCUACCAUGUCUUCUCUCUCUCUCUCUCUCUCUCUCUCUCUCUCUCUCUCUCUCUCUCCCUCUCCCUCCCUCCCUCUCCCUCCCUCCCUCCCUCUCUCUCUCUCUCUCUCUCUCUCACACACACACACACACUUUCACUUACAAUUCAUCCCGUAGCUUCCCAGGCUGUCAUCAAGAGAGAGACCUUGCCUUGUAUCCCAGUGGUAGCCAUGAAGCCCUGCUAGUGGAUCAGUGCAAGGGACUUUGGCCAGGUAGCCAUCUCCUUUUUCUAGGAUUGCCUCUUGUCUAUCAAAGGGCUCCCAUGGGAGACAAGAAAUGCUUGGUUUACUUGUUUUGAGAAAUCCUUCCAGCCCAGGAGAGAUGGUGGUGCUGCUGCUGCUGUUGAUGGGGACUUUUUCCUGAAAAACGGCUUUUCAUCAUGUUGCUCAGGCCAGAUCAGGUACAGGGCAUUGUCUUGCUUCUAAUAAUAUUCCCAAGAUAUCUCCCACAAACCUGCAGCCAGAGCAGGAAGAAAUGCAUUUGGUUAGCCUUUGGAAAUGUUAAUAGAACUGACAACUCCCAUCAUGUGCAUCAUUCUUGAUAUCUUGAGAUGAGUACAUCUGUCUGAUCAUCAAAAGCUAUGGAAUGAAACUGACACCUCACACUUCAUCCACUUACUUCAUGGAUUUUAAAGAACAAAUUCCAAGGAACAUCAGAGCUCUACUACAUCUAGAGAAAGCAGAUGAAGCUUGGCUGCACUUAUCUGUCCCUGGAUAUGGAGCCCUCCUCCCCAUGAGCUACAGUAGUUCUUCCUGUCCAUCCUCUACAGCCUUGAUAUGGACAGAGCAGCAGUUCACCUAGAGGUUUCCAGCAUUAUGGUGAGAGCAUCCUCAAAUUCAGAUGAGCAACCUGCCCGCUGUCUCUCUCUUCAGAAAGAGGCUGUUGCCUGUAGAAGGACCCCAGGCAAAUUCCAGCUAGGAAAUCUUCCCCUGUGACUUCCUGCUGACUGCAAAAGUGAAGAAACGCAUCUCUGACUGAAAGAACCAAAGGUUCUUCAGAUACAGCCUGACAGAUUGCCUCCGUCAGUUGAUGGAUCCAUCUACAAGCACAACAAUGUACAUAAUGUAGAAACACUAAAAGAAACAAAAAUAAAAAAAGAAGCGAGGGUGGGAGGAAACGAAAGUGGGAGGGAUGGGAAAGAAAAUGUUUUAAAAACUCAUCACACUUGUUGUAUAGUCUCAUGGGGCUCCCCGGGCGUGGGGCAAAGGUCCUCUGUAUAAAUGUGCAUAAGCUUCCUAGAUUGUAAUAUAGACCAUUCCACAUGAGACAGAGUGCACCAUCCAGAGAUGUGAUGCUUUUAGCCAUAGCCGGGUCCUGUCCCUUGCAUUUGACCUGCGGGGAUCCUGCCAAAGGAGUCUGGAUGCCGAGAUUUUACUCAUUUUAAUCCCGAGCCCCCGAAAGUUAAGUCACAACGAGACAAAUCCAAAAACUUAAGUUUUAAAAUAUGUGUGUGUGUUGGCCUUCCGUUCCCUUCCAUCCUGCCCAGGAACCUACUUUGGUUAAGGGUUACAUUUGGGAUGGUGGUGAAGAGAUCCCAAAUGUGGUCUGUCUGUGAAAAAUUAAGCCAUUGUUUGUGGCCAGGUUUCCUGAGCCAGGGAGUCCCUGUGUCCCAAGUGCUGACAGCUCUGUUGACUUUCGUGUAUCUUGUUUCAUUAUUGCUAUAUAUUAAAGGAUUCUUUUUGGUGGGGCUCACCAAAUACCUUUUGUGGGCCAUUGACUUUCAAGUUUGAUUGCUUGUGGCCUCAAGGGGUAAAAAUGGGGGGAAAGGGCAGGUUACAUGGUGAGUUAUUUUUCUCCUCUGCUUCUGUAGAAUUUAGAAACUCAUUUCUUGAAGAGACAAGUCGAUGACCAACCCAAGGCCAAAAAAUAUUGAAAUUGGCAGCCAUGUCACAGAAACCAAGGAAUGACUAGGAGCACAAUUUUAAUUAGGGCAUAACUAUAAUCAUUUGCGUGGUUGGAAAUGUUCUGUUGUCACAAGAGGCAAAAUAACCUUGAGGCCAAUUGAAUACAAGCACUGCAGAAAACACAACUUUGGAAGGGGAGAAACAUUUUGGGGCCAUGCUAAAAGGUUAAAAAGAUGAUGGAGGCUGAAAGGGUGCCGAAAAGAAAAAACCUAUAAAUAGUGAUUUAAAAAACAUCUCCCUCUCUAAAACUGAUAGAUGUUUCUCCUCUUUUAGGAUAACCAGGUAUAAUUAUACUGUAUGUCCUCCACUAAAAACAUACAUCUUAUCUCUUCUAGGUCUUUGUGCUAGAAUUCAGUAAACCUUAGUCCAUUUUCAUUCCAAUCCAAGUGUUUGAAGGAAAGGAAACUCGGCCACACACUCCUAUUACCAUCAUUACAAUCACCCCAUAUGGAGCACCCCAAAUCAGCUACUAUCCUACCAAAUUGGAGGUGCGAACAUUUCAGAGCCAGACAAGGUGCUGGGAUUGUCAUGCACGUACAGGUUAAGCCUCUAUAUUAAGUUGUAGGGCUUUGUGCACAUCAAGGAAAUAAAUUAUUGCAGUGCUGGUUGUCCUGCUAUGCCAAGGAGAACGAAAAGUUACAAUACUUCUCAAAAAAAGAGAGAAGGGAACAUCUCACAAGUAGCAGUGCCUCCUUUGUACUAAAGAAAAUCCAUCAAUCAGUGAGAUCUAGCCCAAGUUUUGAUGGCCCCAGAAUACUUUCUAAAGUCUGCUGCAAUUAGAGAUUUUUGCAACCUCAGGAAGCAUGUUGAUAGCACUGGGCCACUGAUUAUAAUGGCAGUGCCCAGUGAGCUGGAUCUUGAUGUAGCUAGAGACAACUAUUAAAGUUACUGAGAUUUUGGUCAUGUCUAACUAAACUUAUUAAUUUCAGGUAUGACUGAAUCUGGAUCUAGUCUUCCUGUGGGCAUGCAUGUUCCUGUCCCUUUGAAGUCUAGGAAAUCUACCUUACAGGUUUCCUUUGAAAUAGUCCAAAAAGUUAAAAAUGACUGAAUGAAGAAGAAUUGAUGCCUUUGAACUGUGAUGUGCUGGUGUAAAUUAUUGUUUAUAUCAUGGAUGGCCAGAGUAAUUAACAGAGGUGUUAAAUCAUAUAAAACCAGACAUUAAGCUAAAAUCAUAAGGAUAUGUCUGAGUUACUUUGGCCAUGUCACGCGUGCAAGUUCAUUGAAGAAGGCAAUGAUGCUAGGAAUGGUUGGUGGAAAAAGAAGAAGAGGCAAGCAAAGAACUUGCUGGCUUGAUAACAUCAUAUCUGAUACAAAGAUGAACAUCCAACAACUGAAAGAUGCUGUGCUUCACAAGGUAGCAUGGAGAACACUUACCUAUAAAGUCACCAAGAGUCAGACAACUCAGUGGUUAAAACAACAAUUCCAAAAAACCACCUUGGUGAGAAGAGCUUUUAGCAAGUUGAAUCUCAUUCCAAGACGGAGUCCCAGAGUUCAGCUGUCUGACAUUUUGAAGUUGCCCUGGUGCCGGACAUAGAAGAGUCUGAAGGUGCCUUGCAUAACAGGAGAAGGGUAAUUGGUACAGCACCGUAUCAAGGUUCGAUCCCCCAUCUCCAGUUCAGUAGAUUAGGUUGCAAAAUAUAUUUGACUGACAUUUUGGAAUGUCUGCCACUUUUUAUAGGCAGUAGUUGGGAUAGAUGGAAUUACAAUCGGUCUGGUAGACUGCAGGUUCCUAGUAAUCUAGGAGAAAGUCCAGGGUUAAAUUGUACUCAAGGAUAUUUCUAAGUAAAAUGGAGAUAGGGAAAGCAGGCAAUAGAUGACCGGAAUUCCUGAAUCUCAGAUGGUCUCCUCGAGGAAAUGGAGGAAAUUUCAAAAAUCAAAACUUUGGGAAGGGAACGCAGUAUGAAAUUUUUCCUGGAGCUUUAACCAACAAAGGAGGUUCAAAAGGUGCUUGUUUUGUACCCCAAGACAAAUUUUGGGAAGGACUAAAAAUGAACUAGAAGCAGUUCUUGCUUACAAAGCACCCUACUGCAAAGCUCAAGGAAGGCUUUUAGAACGAAAUGGAGAAAUCAUUAAGGGUUAAAGAGAUCUUGAUUGCUUACAAUUAAAUUUCCAAAAGGAAGUGUGAGACAUAACAUAAUAUUAACAAAAUAUAGGAAGCACAGUAGAACGUGUAAUUGUCAGCAACCACCUCAUUCUUCCAGAUUUAUUUUGCCUGGGGAUGUUAAUGAUGUUGGGUCUUGUAUGUUGAACUUCUACAGAUUACUGGAAAAGGUAGACAGCCAAUAUGCCACCUUUAAAAAAAAAAAGUAGCAAGUCUUGGAAAUAAAUUGGUAUCUCAAUUGAGCCUCCCUCUUGUGGUAUGUAGAAAAUUAAUGCUGAGGAUGAUGAAUAUUCCCCUACCAAUUUCCAGGUGAUUGAUCAGGAGUGACUGGAGGAGAAUUAGGUGGUCCUGCAGAUUCUGAAUGUCCUCUCUAGGCCCUUCAGAUGUCACUUAUUACCAACGCAUGCCCAGAGAAAUACCCCAUUUGGCACUUUUCCUUUCUUGACAUACAGACCAUGAGUGAAAGCAAGAAGAGUCAUUUUGACUGAUAACUCACAGCUCAUGAGUUCAAUAUCCAGGUAAGACCAUUGCUAGGAAUUGCAUGCCUUCCAUUAUGUAGGCCAAUGAUGGCUAACCUUUUUUGCCAUCAUGUGCCAAAAGUGGGGGAGUGCAGGGGGGGUUGCGCGCACGUGUGCCCAUACCCAUUAUUUAAUGUGCCCUGCACAUGCGCGCGCACUCUCCCCGUGCUUCCCCCACUUAUGGCAUGUGAUGGCACGGUGGGCACAGUAGGCCCAUUUUUCACCCUCCCUGGGCUCCAGAAGCUUUUUGGGAGCCUGGGGGAGGGUGAAAACGGCCUUCUCCAACCCGCCCACCCCUGGAGGCCGGAAAUGGCCCAUUUCCCGACUUCCGAUGGGACCAGAAGGCCCGAAAAUCAGCUGGCCAGUGCGCACAUGCAGGCUGGAGCUGAGCUAGGGCAAUGCUCCGCCUGCCACAGGUUCACCAUCACGGAUGUAGGCCUACCAGUUUUCACCAAUUAAUAAUGUACUAGAUUAUAAUACAUUAUUCAGAAUAAGGCUCUUUUUUUUUCUUCUUUCUGCAUUGCCAGGUAUUUGUUCCACUGACCACCACUAUCGCUGCAGGGGAUCUCCCAAUAAACAUAUAAUGGGUUUCUAAUGAAGGAGUGCUUGCUUUUAUCAGCGCACCAGCAAGUCCGAGCUUAAUUUUAUCCUAAGAGUGCCAUACAUCUUUUUCUUUUGCAGCUCUGAAUUGUCAGAAAAAUAUCUGCAUAAAUGUUGCUGCAUGUUGUCAUCCUUUUCUCGCUAGAUUACAAUAAAUAACUGAAAUUCAGCUUAACUCAAGGUUAUUCCAGGUGAAGAGCACAACUGACGCUUUGAUUUUGAAGCCAGCCAUAAUGAAAUGAAGACUUGGGGGAGGAGGAGUGAAACUGAAAGAAACUGGUCCAUUUUUACCCACAAAAUAAUCCAUUACUUAUAACCAUUGCUUUUAAUUCUUAUUUUUUCUCUGGAAAGAGAUGAUUGGGCUCAAUUACCUGGUUGGCACAGACAACACAAGAAUACAGACAUAUGCAUGCUCCAUAGGGCAUGUAAACAAAUCCCACGAUAAAGAACUAUUUUCUUAUAUUAUCAGCAUCCAGAAAUUAAGGUAGGUAAAAUGAGGACCCAGAUUGUUGGGAGCAAUAAGUUGACUUUGUAUAUAAAUAUACAAAUAGGAUGAAGACUAUUGCUAACAUAGUGUAAACCGCCCUGAGUCUUCGGAGAAGGACGGGAUAUAAAUGCAAAUUAAAAAAAAAAUGAAUGGCUGAACAUCUCUCUUCCUGCUAUUCCAUCCAAUGGCAUUUCACUGGCAGAAAUAAAAGAAUAAACCAGCCUCCCUCAACUCUGCCUCCAUCCUCACAAUUAUACUCUGGAUGUGCUGGGCAACAAUUCUCAGAAUUGUCUCCAUGUAUGGCCAAUGGGAGUCAUAAUUCAGCAUAUCUGAAGAUAACCAUGCAUAGCGAUUACAUUCCUGGAGAGGACGAUGUAACAGACCAAACCACAGUCCAUUAUAAGCUUGUUGAUGCUGCAACUUUCUUCUGAAGUCUUUGGUGUUUUAGAUAGUUACUUAAUACAAAAUGAUUAAUGUAGAAUAAAUUGUUAUUCAUGCUACAUUAUUGGGCAGCAGGCACAGGAACAAAAAACAGUAAGAGUUGGAAGACAUCUCAGAAACCUUCUAACCCCCAGCUCAAGCAGGAGCACCUACAACUUCAGGAGGAAAGCCAUUCCACUGAUUAAUUGUUCUGUCAAGAAAUUUCUUAGUUCUACUGGUAGGUUGGAGCUCUCUUUGAUAGUCUCUUUUUAAUUCUAAGUUGGUUCUCUCCUUGAUUAGUUUCCAUCCAUUGCUUUUCCUGCCUUCAGGUAGAAAAAUUAGGUUCAAUUUCUUCAAUCCAGGUGUGCUCUCCCACAAGCCCCUAUUUGUCUCCUUUUUCCCUAUUCUAAUUUGCCAUCCUGGUAGCUGCCACUGGACAUGGAGCAUAUUAUCCCUGACAGAGUUAUUUGAACAAUGGUGUCCUGCGAGUAUGCAAAUAAUUCAGUUUUCUGACCUUCCCAGCCCUGAAAAACUGAGGUGUUGCAGAUUCAAAUUAAUGACAAGUCUUAUCUAAAAAAAUUAAUUGCCCACACAAUGGCUGAGUUUUGUAGAGAUUCUGUCAUCCAGGUCAUGGUUGUCCCAAAGGUGCUUUUUCAGGAGGCAACUGGACUUGGUUUUUUCUUUGAAGACAUUUUGCUUCUCAUCCAAGAAGCUUCUUCAGCUCUGACAGGUGUGGGAAUAGGAAUGGAUUUCCAGAGGAAAAAAACUGCAGACUACAGGAACCAGGAGCACCACUCAGGUGACCCUGAGGACAGAGAUCAACCUCCAAGUACUUCAACAACCCUCUAAAAGGAUACAAAUAACCAGAUGUCUGCAAGGAAUAUAAAUCCUGCCAUUCCCCAAUAUCCUUUGGGACAAUGGCCGAGUUCAGACAUUCCACUCUAUCCAUUGUUUAUGUAAGGCAGUUUAAUGUAAAAACAGUAGCUGACAGGAUUUGCACAUCAUACUAAGUGCUAAAGCAUGAAUUAGAAACCAAAAUGACCGUUUUUCACACCACGCUAAAUCAAGACACAUUAAAGCUUAGCACAACAUGGAAACUCAAUUAGAUGUUUCAAGACUGAUUUAGGGUGUGGACAUUUUUCUGGAUAGUCAUCCUAUGUUCUGAAGUGUUCCGAAGAUUGAACUGAGCUCAAAUUCAUUCUGAAAGCUUUAAGGAAUCCAUUUUAGCCACAGAAGGUUGAACGCUCCUGAAAGUUUCACAUCACCCCACUUGAAAAGUAUUCCCUGGAGAUCAAGUUGAAGUACUUCCUGGGUCUGCAACUAAGAAGCAUAAUGCAAUCUUGGCAGCUGUUGGGUGAAUUAAAUCAGGAGCUUGUGCUUUGCAUAGCAGGACAGCUGAGCAUGUCUGACAGCUGCGCCAUAGGCUCCCCGGGAACAGAUGGCUCAUGCUCAGCUUCCAGUGACAGGUACAGGACAGCAAAGGAAGGGGGGAAGAUGAGGCAGCAGGUGGGGCCUCAAAGUCUAAUCCUCAAGGAUUAUUCUAGAAUCUCUCCAAGAAAUCUAUCUUGCUGGAAGAACUUGCGGCUUUUCAGUGUCAGACAUGAGCAUAACAAGCAUACCGGCACUGCUUUGGCUUGACUUCAUUAUUGGUGUGAACACUGGUGCAACCUCCUUAGCGGCUAUUUGGAGCAUCUCUAGAGGCAGUCAAGGAGAUGUUCCAGGCUGCGUUUCCUGCCAGUCAGAACUGCAAUCCUAUCUGGGAAUAGCAGGGGAGGGGGAUUGCCCCAGGGAGGGAUUUAAUGUGCUCAACUUUGGUGUUGGCUUCCAAAGCAAAAACUAUAAAUAUUUUUCCCUGGGUGCGGGAGACUGAUAAUUUUCCUUUUUCUGAGUUCAAUUUUUUGAUUGGCUUAACUUUCUUGGUUUAUUCCCUCAAUCUGAUCCCCCUUAUACAUUGCAACUGUUUAAUUCUGUUGCAAGAGCAGACCAAAUCUGCUUCUCUCGCCUGGCUUUUUGGGGUAGUUUUCUACUAAGUGGGUUUAUACAUAUAUCUGAAGAUUGUUUCUGCAACCAUUUUCAGCUGAAAAAGAAAUGAGUUGAUAUAAAUAAUUUAUUGUACCUUCCAGUCUAAAUGGUAGUACAAUCUUAUAGAGAAAACUGCUUUUUGUCACUUCAGCUAAUGAUGAGAGGUUGAAUCACAGCCAGUUAUUUUGUUCAUCAUCAUUUGGUACUUACUGUACCUGAGAAGGCUCUGUGGGACAAACGUUGAUCCCAUUCAGUGGCAAAUCAUUCUUUUUAACUGCAGAGAACUGAAUGUGAGGGCUUUUGUACCUAUAGCAAGUGUAUGCACUAAUGAAAUAGUUUCUCAAGUUCAAGAUGUGGUAGAUAUACUUACUUAGGGGAGCAGCAGCAGCAAUAAAAAGAUACCCAGGAGUAAUAUCCUGUAAAAGUAGUUCUGGACUUACGACCACUAUUGAGCAUAACAUUUCUGUUGUUAAGUGAAACAGCUGUCAUCUAAGUUUUGCCCCAUAGUAACACGGAUAUUAAGUGACACUGGCUUCCCUACUGACUUUGCUUGUCAGAAGGUCACAAAAGAUGAUCAAAUGACCCCAAGAUACUGCCACCUCCUUAAAUAUGAGCCAGUAGACAAGCAUCUGAAUUUUUAAUCAUGUGACCAUGUGGAUAUUGCCACAGUUGUAAGUGAAAAAUUGUCAUAAGUCACUUUUUUCAGUAGUCACUAAACAAGCUGUUGUAAAUCAUAGUGUAAGCCGCCCUGAGUCUUCGGAGAAGGGCGGGAUAUAAAUGCAAAUUUUAAAAAAAAUCGAGGACUACCUGUACAUUCCAGGCUUCUGAUAAGCGUGGGCCAAUUGAUGGAGCUUCAAAUGUCCUUUAUUAUUAUUUUUUCUUCACACUCUAGGUUCGUCUUCUCAUAGAACAGGAGUGUCAAACUCGUCGCCCAAAGGCCAGAUGCAUCCCACGCUGGCUAUGCCCACUCCCGGUUUAGCGAAGAGGGGAAAAGUUGCGAUACAUCCACGUGACGGACGUGUCAUCGUGAGUUUGACACUGUCACAGGGUUUAAAAGACCAAAUGGAAUUUAAACGGCACAUUGAGUCCCUCGAGCAGAUUCUAAUCAUCUGCCUUUCCGUAUGAAAUGCCUAUUGAAACCACCAAUUUGUGUUAUCCAAGGAAAGCCAUAAAGAUACCCACAGGAAGCACCACCUGCCAGUUAGCUUCUACCAGGCAUCCCAGGGGCUCCUCGGGCUGCUGAAAAAGUUUUUUAACAUUUCUCACACAUCUUACCACUUUAGCUAAUUAAAUACAGAACUGCCCGGAGCAGGCCCAACCAAUGAAUGCCCUUGUUUUGUAGCCGUGGGCUUGCACAUAGAGAAGAUUAAUGCUGAUGCUGUUUGUGCUAGAGAUUGAAAAUGCUUUGUGAGCGGGCAGACAGACGCUUCCCUGGCCAUAAUCAUUAUAUUUUCUUCAAAUCUGUAGGAGGAACACAGAUCCAAGUAGCAUGGGCUGCAUCCUUAAUAGGUCAAGUCAGAACAGAACAGAGCACGGCUUAGUUUGAUGACCACUGAGGACCUGUAUACUGCACGAAUCAAGAAGAGGGCUGUGAAAAUAUUUACAGAUCCCUCACAUCCUGGACAUAAACUGUUUCAACUCCUACCCUCAAAACGACGCUAUAGAGCAUUGAACACCAGAACAACUAGACACAAGAACAGUUUUUUCCAACAGGCCAUCACUCUGCUAAACAAAUAAUUCUCUCAACACUGUCAAACUAUUUACUAAGUCUGCACUACUAUUAAUCUUCUCAUCGUUUUCAUCACCAAUCUCUUUCCACUUAUGACUGUAUGACUAUAACUUUUUGUUGCUAUCA